AUGUCGACCAGCGAGCGAUUUGACUGCCAUUACUGUAAAGACUCCCUGCUGGGUAAGAAGUACAUCAUGAAAGAGGACAAGCAGUACUGCACUAAGUGCUAUGAGAACCUGUUUGCUAACAGCUGUGAGGGCUGCUCUUUAGCAAUUGCCUGCAACAGCAAGGACUUGUCUUACAAGGAUCGCCACUGGCACGAGGAGUGUUUCAACUGUGCAAAGUGCAGCCGCUCUUUGGCGGAAAAGGCCUUCGCCGCCAAAGAUGAUUUGUUACUUUGCACUGAAUGUCACGCCCACGGUUAUUCCUCCAAGUGCACCACCUGCAAGAAAACCGUCAUGCCAGGAUCCCGUAAAAUGGAAUACAAGGGGAACAGCUGGCAUGAGACCUGCUUCCUGUGCCACCGCUGCCAGCAGCCAAUAGGAACCAAGUCCUUCAUCCCAAAAGACACCGGAUACUUCUGUGUCCCCUGCUUCGAGAAGCAGUUCGCUUACCAGUGUUGUGCUUGUAAGAAGGCCAUCACAACAGGUGGAGUGACCUACCAAGAAAAGCCAUGGCACCGUGAGUGCUUCCAAUGCAUCAGCUGCAGAAAGCAGCUCUCGGGUCAGCGCUUCACCUCCAAGGAAAACUACCCGUACUGCCUCGAAUGCUUCAGCAACCUGUAUGCAAAGAAGUGUGUGGGCUGCACCAAGCCCAUCACCAGUCUGGCCGGGGCCAAGUACAUCUCUUUUGAGGAGCGCCAGUGGCACAGCGAGUGUUUCACCUGCAUUCAGUGCUCCGUGUCGCUGGUCGGACGCGGCUUCCUCACCCAGCGCGACAACAUCAUGUGCACCGACUGCAGCAGAGAGAAGUGA